AUGCCUCCUCGCGCCAAGAAGAGUGAUAUCAAAGACGAGGAAUGGGAGAAGUUCCAGCCGGAAAUCAGGAAGCUGUACCUUACCGAAGACAAGAGUCUGAAAGACCUCUUGACAAUCCUCAGCGUGUCCUAUGGCUUCCGUCCGAGUAAAGCUCAGCUCCAGUGGAAGCUGACGCAAUGGCGCAUGACCAAGAAGAUGAUCACUUCGGAAUGGAAAUACGUACACCAUCGCGUCAGACUGCGAGAUACGACAAUUGAGAAGGCAAGGGUUCGCCAUUGCUACGAGACAGCUCUAGAGAAGACCAUUGGAGUCGUUGCGCCACCGUCCCCAACAGAUCUAUCGCUGAUUAUACGGACGCCGUCUCCCCAGAAUGUUCCCGAACUGGACAACAUGUACGGAAUUCCUUGGUUACAGCCAGAAGCUUGA